CCGCAGCCGGAAAGCGUCUGCCAGCCCCCGACGACGAAGAGAAACUUGGAAGCGUGGAUUCUAAUUGUCGACAGGCUCCGAUCUAAGCGACCCUGACAAUUGCUCGCUCGCUCGCUCGCGCUAUUCUCCUCCCUUGUUUGGUCCCGUCGAUUGAUUCCCUGGAAUUGCUUCUAGGUUUUUGUUCCCGGAGAAGCGGCAGGGGGGGAUCAUGUUGCGGCGAUUCGUGGAUCAUCUACUCGCUGUCACCAAGGAGACCAGGAUUUUGGGAUGAUGAUUUGCGGUGCUAGGAUGUUAGGAGGCCUCUACUAUUUCCAUGACAACUCUUCUUGCAAUAAACAAGCUCAUGGCUUAAGUGGUCAGUGAAGACAUUCACUUAUGAAUCUCUGAUCAAUAUUGCAAGACUAAUAAAUGGUGUUUCAGCACUACUAUUGUCCUUACUGCCAGGGAAGACCAACAUUCUAGAGGGGAUCCAUGAUUGGGAGCUCAGACCCACUUUACGUGGACCUCGCCUUCCUAGAUGGAUGGAGAACGGUGUUUCUUCAUUCAACAUGCUUGUUCAUGAGUUGUCUUUAGAUCCUGAAACUUCCUUAGAUUCUUAUUCUGUAACUGGUGAAGAAGAUUAUGAUGAGAACAUCUGUCCUACAUCUCCAAUGUCUCAGGCUUCAAGAUUGUCGAAUAGCAGCACAGUUAAUAGAUAUGAUCGGCGUUUAAUACGUCUGAUCAAAAUUUUUCUAGCCUGGACGCUUUGGCCAGUAGCCAUUUUUCUGUGGUUCUUCAAAUGCUUUAGGAGAGGUGGAGCAGCAGGCAACAUAAGUGUUAAUCAAUUUGCAAGCCCUCGCCUGACAAGAAGAUUUCUUCAAACAAAGGAUCAUGUUCUUCAACGCACCACUGAUAGGAGGCGAGGGGUAAUUGAGGAUCUCCAUCUAGCAAUAGAAAUAUUCAUUGAAUCAGCCUUUGGAAUUGCCCAUAAGGCUGCACACUUGCUCCUCUCCCCUUCAGAAGUUUGUAGGAAAGUUGUUGCGUUGAUCUCUUCUAAUGGAGGUGCUGCGAUUGAUAAUCAUGACAGUAACAUAGACAUGGUUUUUCCAACAGCUACUAUUGGUGAUACUGAUCCAACACCAACUGAAAGGAGACGCACACUUCAUUACUCUCUUAACACUGAUGCUCGGACAUGCCAAGAUGUCAUAACUGAACUUGGGUAUCCAUAUGAAGUUGUUCGUGUGGUUACUUCUGAUGGAUAUGUGCUGCUUUUAGAGAGAAUUCCAAGGCGUGACUCUGGAAAGGUUGUUUAUUUACAACAUGGAAUAUUUGACACCUCAAUGGGGUGGGUAUCCAAUGGAGUUGUUGGUUCUCCUGCAUUUGCUGCAUUUGAUCAAGGUUAUGAUGUUUUUCUUGGGAAUUUACGAGGAUUAGUUUCAAGAGAGCAUGUUGAUACUAAUAUCUCCUCACGCAAGUACUGGAGGUACUCGAUCAAUGAGCAUGCAACAAAAGACAUACCUGCUAUGAUAGAAAAGAUACAUGAGAUAAAAACUGCUGAAUUAAAUGAACUUUCUAAACCUGAUUCAGAUGAAGUAGUACGUGAUCAGCCUUACAAACUGUGUGCAAUUUCCCACAGCCUGGGAGGAGCAGUUAUGUUAAUGUAUGUCAUAACAUCUAGAAUCAAUUUAAUGCCUCACAGGUUAUCAAGAUUGAUCUUGUUGUCACCUGCUGGCUUUCAUGAUGACUCUACUAUAGUAUUUACACUUAUAGAGAAAGUUAUGCUGCUUCUUGGGCCUGUGAUUGCCGCCAUUGUUCCUGGACUCUACAUACCGACUCGAUUCUUCCGAAUGCUUAUCAACAAGCUGGCCAGAGAUUUCCAGAACUAUCCUGCUGUAGGAGGCCUUGUUCAGACUCUUAUAAGCUACGUUGCUGGUGGUGAUAGCUCAAAUUGGAUUGGAGUGCUUGGCCUACCUCAUUAUAAUAUGUAUGACAUGCCUGGGGUGUCACUUUAUGUUGCACUUCACCUCGCUCAGAUUAAACACUCGAAGAAAUUUAUAAUGUUUGAUCAUGGAAGUGCAGCUGCGAAUAUGAAAGCAUAUGGAACACCAGAGCCUCUGGAUCUGGGACAACAUUACAAUCUCAUUGGCAUUCCUGUCGAUCUAGUUGCAGGGCGAAAAGACAAGGUUAUUCGACCUUCGAUGGUGAAAAGGCACUAUGCACUUAUGCGUAAGGCAGAUGUUGAUGUGUCUUACAAGGUGUUUGAGUAUGCUCAUUUGGAUUUCACAUUCUCACACAGGGAGGAGCUUUUAGCGUAUGUCAUAUCUCGCCUUCUACUGGUGGAUCCACCACAAAAGCAGCACAGAACUAAAACUACUUUAAGACAUAGAAAACCUAGUGGAAGCCAGAGAAAAACUGAAGGUAGUGGCACAGAGCAUAGAGCAGAAGAAAUUGUACCUGAAAAUUAAGGUGAUAUUUUUGUUCUUUUUUUUUUUUUUGUAUUGUGAUUCCUAUAUUCCUGUUGUUGUCUAUGAGAGUUCGUACAUCCAAGGUUUCAGCCCCUAGUCAUCCCAGUCAUUGCAGUACCGACAUCUGUAACUAACCAGAACGUGUUUCUGCAAUGUGUGUGUUGAACUUGUUGGUCGCAAAGUUAAAUUUCUUGUUAUCAAAUGUUGAUACUCCAUGUACUAGUAGUAUCCAUCUUCAUUUGAGAUCAAGCUAAUCUCUAUUGAUCUGCUUGAAGUAAUUGUUCUUAAGAGAUUUACCUUAA